UGGAUACUUUUGUGGUAGCGCAGGAAGUGUCUGUCAAAUUAGCGUACUUCAGACCAAGUUGGUCCUGUGUUUACAGCUAACUUGGACGAAGAAUCGAGGAUUAAUUGCAUACGACUGGAGGAUCUGCGUUUGUUUGGCAGUAUACUUUUGUGUCGGUUUGUGAAAAUAGCUGAAACAGCAACGUCCAGUUUAGAUCAAAGUCCACUUGCACUUUAGUUCACUGUUCGGUUCCUACACAGGGAUCACUUUUAGCUGGGUUAGGCUCUUGACUAUGGCACAUCCCAAUGCUGGCAAUACUGGGGCCAGAACACUGAACUUUAAUGUUGGUGUUCUCGGCCAUGUAGACAGCGGAAAGACGUCGCUUGCCCGAGCGCUGAGUAGCACCGCUUCCACAGCUGCCUUUGAUAAGAACCCUCAGUCCAAAGAACGCGGAAUCACACUGGACCUGGGCUUCAGUGCGUUUACCGUGCCUUUACCGGAACAUCUAAGAGAGGCCUGCGGAGAACGAUACGAUCAUUUGCAGUUCACGCUAGUUGACUGCCCGGGACAUGCCUCCCUCAUUCGCACGAUCAUUGGCGGUGCUCAGAUCAUUGAUCUGAUGCUGUUGGUGGUUGACAUUGUAAAAGGUAUGCAGACACAAACGGCUGAGUGUCUCCUGAUUGGACAGCUCACCUGCUCACACAUGGUCAUCAUCCUCAAUAAAACAGACUUGUUGCCUGAUGACAAAAAACAGAGUGCCAUUGACAAGAUGACCAAGAGGAUGCACAAAACAUUGGAAAACACCAGAUUUAAAGGUUGCCCUGUGAUUGCUGUGGCAGCAAAGCCAGGAGGGCCAGAGGCUCCAGAUACAGAGGAAGCACAGGGAAUUAUUGAGCUCAUGCAGCUGCUGAAAGCCCAGGCAUUCCUGCCUCACAGAGACCCUUCUGGCUGUCUGCUGAUGGCUGUGGAUCACUGUUUCUCUAUUCGAGGCCAAGGAACAGUCAUUACAGGCACUAUUCUGCAGGGGGCGCUCCAUGUCAAUGACACGCUUGAAAUACCUGCACUUAAGGUGACACGGAAGGUGAAGUCAAUGCAGAUGUUCCAUAAGCCAGUUCCCAGCGCAAUGCAAGGGGAUAGAGUAGGUGUGUGUGUGACACAGUUUGAUCCCAAAUUGCUGGAGCGUGGCCUAGUGUGUACACCUGGCUCACUAAGCACCCUUCAUGCUGGCAUUAUUACAGUGCAGAAGAUUGAAUACUACCGUGGUGCACUAUGUAGCCGUGCCAAAUUCCACAUCACCAUCGGGCAUGAAACAGUCAUGGCACGUGUGUCAUUUUUCAGCCGGACAUCUCUUAGCAGCCAAUCUGAGGUGCCCUCAAGUGGAAGUCCCUCAGCUGAAGAAGCGACUCCAGACCCUUUUUCAUUUGACUGGGAGUUUCACUACCAGGAAGAGUAUUUGACUGGGAAGGGAGAAACUGAGGGGCAGGAACAGGAGCAGUGGGCGUUACUGGAAUUUGAGCGGCCAGUCACAUGUCCACCGCUGUGCUUGGUGAUAGGCUCACGCCUCGAUUCUGAUAUUCACAGUAAUACAUGCAGACUUGCAUUCCAUGGAAAGCUGCUGGAGGGCUUUGAAGACAAGAACUACACAGAGACAUCACUGCCAAGGCUCAAAAUCAGUAAAGACAAGCACAAAGAAGGAGCAGUGGAACGGGUGACAGAUGACUACACUGUAAUAGGCAGAAAUCUGUUCAAGAAGGAGACCAAUCUUCAACUGUUUGUGGGGUUAAAGGUCACACUUUCAUCAGGCGAGACGGGGGUUAUUGAAGGUGGCUUUGGACAGAGUGGCAAGAUCAAAAUUAGAGUGCCCGAGGGACUAAAAGAAGAAACAAAGCAGCUACUUUCCUCUUCUUCAAAGAAAAAGGGAAAAGGUGGGGCUAAAAAUGAACCGAGCAAAGAAGACGAUGCCAAGGCAGACUCUCAGCCAAUCGCAAUUCACCUAAACUUCAAAAGAUAUGUUUAUGACCCUCAAAAAAAGAUGGUACAGUCCUGACUUUUAAACAACACUAAUUGCUCUGGAAGCGACCAUUUGACAGGAGCUUGUCUGUGUGACAGUGCUGUAAUCAGACAGAUGACGUGCAGUGCAUGUGUGGGUGGAAGGUGAAUGUUUGUGUGUAUGUAUGUAUGUAUGUGUGUGUGUGUUCAUCUGGUUUGCAUUCUGAUACAUUGUGUUUUCUCUCUGGAAUAAAAGACUGGAAGUUCUU